AUGUUCAUGACGGACACCCUGCCUCCCCCCCUCCUUUCUCCUCCUCCAUGUUGGUCUACGCGCGGCCGCUUUUGCGGACAUUUUCCCUUGGCGGGGAAGAGUGGCACGGCGCGAGCUGGAGCCGAGCUGCAGAUCGAUCAUGAGCUGCAGUCGAUUCCGCAAGAAAUCUACAACUCGAGGGACCCCACAAACCCAGAAGAGCGCGAGGUCGCACCCCUUCCGGUUCCCCCGGUUUCCAUAUCCCUGGCCCCUGGCUCUCCCAUCAUUGUCGAGGAAGAAUGCAUUGUGUACGAUGCAACUUUGAGAAGUCUUUGGGCCCCUAGCCUGGCCAACAAAGAAGCGAAGGGCGUUGAAACUCCCACCAAAGUCACACCCCAGCUACUUGGCAGGAUCGUGGAACGGUCGAUUCUGUCCGCUUCCCCCGACGACCCCGAGCGGCCUGGACUUCGCGAAGGAGACUCCAACAACCCGGCCAGGGGGGGGGGGGGUUCUGCAAGGGGUCUUUCCCGCUUCUUCAAGUCUCGAUUUCCUCUUCAACUUGCACAAACACGCAGCUCGCUCGCCUUCCGUUGCCCCUCCUGGCCUCGCAAACGCUUCCUGGCUGGUUUGUUAGAAGUCCUGAACAUCUUCAUGCAUCAUUUCCGGAGAUCCCCUUUCCCGGUGCACUCCUCCUCGAACCAGAAAUUUGCCAACACCGGCGCAAAACGACUUAGGUGCACCGCCGGCAAGCCGUCGGGUCCGAGCAAAGACACCACGAAAUCUACCUUGAACGCCGUUGUUGGCUCACCUCCGUCCCAUUCUCUCCACCCCCACCAUGCCGCCCCGCGGGUUCUCAACCGGUCACCGCCAACGAGCAUGAACAGGGAUCAUUUCACGAGAAAUACGUUCCGGUUUUGA